UUUAGUGUGCGGCGCCAGCCGAUCCCACGCUCUAAUUGGCUGCUGAGACUUUGACAGACGCACUUGUCCCUCCCCCCCUCCGGCUGCCUGCCGAAAGUGUAUGUAUGUAUGUGUGUGUGUGCGUGAGGGAGCCGGCAGACUGAAGCGAGCCACAGAGGCAGCCUCCAACUCCAACCCAAUGAGCUCGCAGCCCUCGCACUCACACACACUCCUCACACACACACUCUCCUCAGCGCCGGCUCUCGCUUCAACCCUGGGACACAGAAGAGGAAGGAGGAGAGGAGAGGAGAGAGAGGCAGCGAGUGGCAGAGAGGGAGAGUGAGGACGAGGGAGUAAGAGAGGAGAGAGGGAGAGAGAGGCAGAGGGAGACUGGCGGGGUGUGAGGGAGAACACCAUGGCUUCAGAUCCGGGGCUGGCUGCGAUGCUGCUAUGGACUAUAUCACUACAGGCUGUGGGCACCGCAGGAACUAACAGCAACGAAGUGAAUCUUCUGGACACGACGACCAUCACAGGAGACUGGGGCUGGCUAACGUAUCCCUCACAUGGGUGGGACGCCAUUAAUGAGAUGGACGAAUACUUCAGUCCUAUCCACACGUACCAGGUCUGUAACGUGAUGAGCCCCAGCCAGAACAACUGGCUGAGGACAGUCUGGAUCCCUCGAGAGGGAGCGAGGAGGAUCUACAUUGAGGUCAAGUUCACCCUGAGAGACUGUAACAGCAUGCCUGGAGUAUUGGGCACUUGCAAGGAAACCUUCAACUUGUACUACUAUGAGUCUGACAGAGCAGUAGGCUCGGCCAUACGGGAGAACCAGUUCAUCAAGAUUGACACCAUCGCUGCUGAUGAGAGCUUCACUGGGGUGGACCUGGGAGUCCGCAGGCUUAAGCUCAACACUGAGAUACGAGGUGUGGGCCCCCUGAGCAGACGAGGCUUCUACCUGGCCUUCCAGGACAUCGGCGCCUGCAUCGCCCUCACUUCUGUGCGGGUGUACUACAAACGCUGCGUGGGUGUGAACCGCAACCUGGCGGUGUUCACCGAUGUUGUGACGGGCGCCGACUCGUCCUCCCUGGUGGAGGUCAGGGGUCAGUGUGUGGAUCACGCGGAGGAGAGGGACACGCCCAAGAUGUACUGCAGCGCUGAGGGGGAGUGGCUGGUGCCCAUCGGGAGGUGUGUGUGCUCGGCCGGAUUCGAAGAACACAGAGACUCCUGCGUGGCCUGUGAGGUGGGUUUCUAUAAGCCGGUGGCGGGCGAUGGCCUGUGUGGUAAAUGUCCGCAGCACAGCCACUCAGAGACCAGAGCUGCCCUCUCCUGCCCCUGUGACUCCAACUACUACCGAGCGGCAGACGACCCAGCGGCGGCUCCAUGCUCCCGCCCUCCGUCUGCUCCAGUAAGCGUCAUCUCCUCAGUCAACGGGACAUCUGUGAAUUUAGAGUGGGAUCGCCCUCUGGAUACCGGAGGUCGCAGCGACCUGCAGUACAGCGUUUUGUGUCUGAAGUGCUCAGGAGAAGGAGGGCCCUGCGAGAACUGCGCAUCCUCCCCGGGAGGCGCUAGCGGAGGGAAGACGGGGGCGAGUAUUGGUGGCGGGGGAGGAGGAUUGGUGGAGCGUUUGGGCAACGCAGCAGUUCGAUUCGUUCCCCGCCAGACCGGAUUGACAGAGCCCUGGGUGACGGUGCUCAACCUGGUGGCUCACACCAACUACUCCUUCCGCAUCAUGGCCAUGAAUGCAGUGACGCACCUCAGCAACGAGCCAUCACUUUAUGCCAUGGUCAACAUCACAACGAACCAGGCAGCACCCUCCGAAGUGUUAGCGAUUCGCCAGGAGAACACCAGUCAGAGCAGCGUGACUCUGCUGUGGCAUGAACCCAACCAGCCCAACGGAGUAAUCCUGGAGUACGACAUCAAAUACUAUGAAAAGGACAAUGAAGAGCAUAGUUACUCCACUCUGAAGUCUAAAAAUACCAGCGCCCGAGUGUCUGGGCUGAAGCCAGGCACCAAGUACAUCUUUCAGGUCCGAGCCCGGACGUCAGCAGGCUGUGGACGAUUCAGCCAGAACGUGGAGAUCCAGACCGGGAAAGCAGCUCCUCUGCGCUACAGCACCAUGACCAUCAUAUGGAUCUGCAUGGCCCUACUGUCCGGCCUCGUCACCUUUGUGGCCAUCAUCAUCUGCAGGAAACGGCAAGGCUACACUUUACCACACUACCCAUCGCUGCUACACUGUGGCUACAGCAAGGCCUUCCAGGACUCCGAUGAGGAGAAGAUGCAUUACCAGAACGGUCACGUGUCAUUCCCCGACGCGAGGUUCUAUAUCGACCCACACACGUACGAGGACCCCUGCCAGGCGGUGCACGAGUUUGCCCGAGAAAUUGAAGCUUCCAGGAUCAAAAUAGAGAAAAUCAUUGGUUCAGGGGAGUUUGGUGAAGUUUGUUAUGGACGCAUGAGACUUCCGGGGAAGAGAGACAUCCCAGUAGCCCUGAAGACCCUGAAGGCAGGAUACACAGAGAAGCAGAAGAAGGACUUCCUGUCUGAGGCGUCCAUCAUGGCCCAGUUUGACCACCCCAACGUCAUCCGCCUGGAGGGAGUGGUAACCCACAGCAAACCAGUGAUGAUCAUCACAGAGUACAUGGAGAACGGCUCUCUGGACUCCUUCCUCAGGAGACACGACGGCCAGUUCACCAUCAUCCAGCUGGUCGGGUUGCUGCGCGGCAUUGCGGCCGGGAUGACCUAUCUGUCUGACCUGGGCUACAUCCACAGAGACCUGGCUGCCCGCAACAUCCUGGUCAACAGCAACCUGGUGUGUAAGGUGUCUGACUUCGGUCUGUCCCGAGUGCUGGAGGAUGACCCUGACGCUGCAUAUACCACCAGUGUGAGUUUUCACAUUGAGGGUGGGAAAAUUCCAAUCCGCUGGACAGCCCCGGAGGCCAUCGCCUACAGGAAGUUCUCCUCCUCCAGUGACGUGUGGAGCUACGGAGUGGUCAUGUGGGAGGUGAUGUCUUACGGGGAGAGACCAUACUGGAACCUCACCAACAGAGAUGUCAUCAAAUCUGUUGAAGAGGGCUACAGGCUGCCUGCUCCUAUGGGCUGCCCUGCUGCUCUACACACACUCAUGCUGGACUGCUGGCAGAAGGAUCGCAACGAGAGGCCACGCUUUUGCCAGAUAGUCACCGUUCUUGACAAGCUAAUCCGCACCCCAGAGAACCUGAAGUCUAUGGACACACUCUGCAGUUUAAACAGUCCUCCGCUGAUGGAGAGAGCAAUCCCAGACUUCAGUAGCUGUAACUCAGUAGACGAGUGGCUGGACACAAUAAAGAUGAGCCGCUAUAAGGACCACUUUGCAGCGGGGGGGUACCACACACUGGGACACGUCAUAAGCAUGAACCAAGGGGACAUCCAGCGGCUCGGGGUGACGCUGAUGGGCCACCAGAAGAAGAUCAUGACCAGCGUUCAGCUGAUGAGGGCUCAGGUCCUCAACAAGAGUGUGCCGUCUGUGCACGUAUAACUCCAACACUGAGGAUUCCUCCUGCUGAAAUCUAGAAACUAAGGCUUCUACAAGGUCUGAAAGGGACUCCUUGGAAUUUAAGAUGAUCUGAUCAAUGGGAGAAGAAAAUAUAAAGGAACAGUACAAGCCUUUUUUCCUCAAGAAAUUGAAGAACAAAACGUGGAAAGGUUUUAACUACGGAGCAAGUAAACAUGACUUCUUUGGGACCUUUCCGACCUUUCAUUUCUUUUACUAUCCGAUUGCAUUUUCUGAGUUUAAAUGUCUUGUUUAUAAAUGAAAGACUGCCUUAAUUACCACAAAUUAUUUUAAUGUUAUUGUCUACAUAGAGAAGAUAAUUUAUCAAUCAUGAAUUUAUCAGAGAAAUAUGAUUUACUGAACCGGGCAAUAGCAAGAGUACAUGGAGUGAUGUAGAGGCUGGGGAGGGGGGGGGUGGUGUUUUCAAAUGUUCUGAUGACACUCGCUGCCUUUCCUGCAGCAACAGCUCGAGGAGAAGGAGGCCCAGAAUGAGGCUCGAGUCAGAGAAAGUGGAGAACAGUGAGAUAGGGCUCACCCGAGUUGCCAGAUCGUCUCCACAGCGGAGAAGACCUAUUUCACCCCAGGCUAUUAAUACCAACAACAGGCACAUUUCUCUGCCGUCCAAACCUUGAUGAAUGACCCAAGGAGAGCCCUAGAGCCCUCUGCCCAGUUUGAAGCUGCGUGACGCACAACUACUAUACUUGGAAGAUGUGUUUGAUUCAGUCGAUUCAGUUACAGUGCACUUUAUUCUACAAUCUCUAUGUGUUGGGUAGGCUUUGCAGUUGUGUCACAAAUCUCCUCUCAGCCACAACUGGAGCCACAAUGUUGGUCUGUUGAAAUAUUACAUAAAUAAUAGCUAACUAUAUAUUAUAAAACCCAACCCUCUAAAAUGUAUUGUUAUAAGUAGCUCGCUCAUGAGAUUUCUUUUCAAAUUCCCAUCACUGUGCAGUAAACAGAAGCGAAAAUGUGUAAAUUACUUACAGUAUGUGUUCAAGUAUGCAUACAAACUAAUAUCGGCAAUUUCACAUACUGUAAUAAAUACUACAUCUGAUGCAUUUUCAGUAUAUUUGGGGAUUUCUUGCUAUACCUCCUUUUUUAAAUUAACUCCAAAUGCACUGCUGUUUAAAACGUUUUUUCAAUUCCAAAUCAGGUUUAAAUGUAUUGCAAAUACUGUAGAUUUUAAAUGCACUUCAGGUUUUGCAGGUACCUAUAUCGGUUUUGAUUAUGGAUGUUAAUUCUUGAUCUGGGGAAUAUUACUUUGAUAAAUUCAUCUUAAAGGAGCAAUUUGUAAGAUAUGGCCUGAAUUUAGCUUUAAAAAAACAUGCGAAAUAUUAACGUACAUUUUCAACAGAGUGUGAAGAGACAAGAGUUGAUUUUAUGUCAAAGACCGUGCUGCAGAGAGUUCCACUGAGGUUAGCAUGCUAACUAGUUAGCCCCGGCCUGACCUUACUCCUAAUACCCCUUAUGUUUUAGCAAGAAAGAUAUAUGCCAGCUUUUCAUCGAAGUAACCUUCAGUCUUUACUUGACAGAAGAAAUGCAACCAUACAACUCCUGAAUUCAGAAACUUGAAUUCAGCAGUUGUACUUUGCUAAUUCUCAAGGCGCAUCGUGAUGGCCUACAUGCGUCCCUUGUUAACUCAUUGCAAAACACAGUUCAUUUAGUGCUGACAUAAUAAAAGAAAAGUCACCAACACAGUCUUGGUUUGUCUUUUAACAAUCACCUCUGUUGCGCAAUUCACUGACUUCCAUGUGAAAAUAUUCUGGGUCUACACCCCAUUUUCACCCACGACUCUCUCCCACUCUUCCGCCGCUGCAAGCCUCUCGCUGUGCCGUGUCUUCUCGUCCCCGAAACCAUAGUCCUGGAAACAGCAGCUGUAAAUCACCUCCACACUGUUUUGUGUCUUUAAACUGACUUGGUCAGUGUUGGAGGCCGGUUCAGUGCCUGCAGGUGUCCAGCUGUGUUCAUUCUCUCGCUGCCAAAUGCAGUUGAGCUGAGCCCUGCUACCCGAGGUGAACACUGGAGACAGGUGGCAGCACUGGUGAUGGUGCCCUGUUCAUUCUUAUGAAAGUGGCUCAGUGGUGCAUGAAACCAAAAUACCUUGACUUCCAGGGGAAUGAAAACACCUUGCUCUUCUGCCUUGUGCAGCCUACAAAGCAUGGACUAUUGGAAAAGUUGGACAACAGUGUAUCAUGUGACGAUGGUAAUCCACCAUUACCGAAGAGUGUCAGGUUUUGAAACUGGCUUCAAAACCUGGCACUCUUCCUGGUAGAGAGGUUGUGAGUCCCUCCUGUGAUCCAAUGUCCCGCUCCAGACAAACUCUAGAGCUAUGAGCAAAAUAACUAUACAACCAAGGAUAGCUAGCAAAGAGCAGCAGUCAGUCGGUCUGGUGAUAUUAUGCCCCCUAUGUUUUGGGCUACCUUCAAAUUCUGGCCAUAUUUUAUAAAUUACAACUUUAACUAAAGGUUAACCAACCUUGUGUGUAUGACUACUUGUCAUCAGGUGACCAAAGCUCCACAGUCAUAGUAACGUCAUGACAACUGAGGGAAGCUGAAGAGGUGGCAAAGAGUGUGAGAUGUGGUUCAAGUUUCCAGAAAAAGCUGGUAAGUGAACCUGAAUGAAGAAUAUUUAGUCAGACUCUUUCAGUUCUAUUGUUUCUCUAGUUCACAUAUAUUUGAAACUGCUAAAAAAAAAUGUUUAAAUAUGUUGUUUAA